UAUCUGAUAAUGUAAUAAGUAGUUUGGAUGAGUGCAAUGAGUUUAUUGGACUGAUCAAGGGUUUGUAUGGCGCUGAGUGGCUUAUGUACAAGAGACAUAGGAGAUUGAACAUUGACUUUAUUUGACAUGAGCUCAGAAGAGGGCUGCUCCUUUUAUUAGCCACUCCUGUCAAAGCAGGUAAAGCCUGACACAGCUUCAUGAUCACAAGAGAACAACAGAACACAGCACUGACACGCUGAAGAGAACAUUUAUCUACAUCAACAACUGCACUGUGGAGAAGAAAACUUGAAAUGAACUUGUUCAACUCUGCUCUUGGGGAAAACAUCACUUUUGUGCGUCCUGCAUAUUUCAUAAUAAGUGGUUUAUCUGACAUCCCAAAUAUCAAGUAUUACUAUGUCUUUCUCUUUUUUGUUUAUAUUGUGUCAGUACUGGGAAACACAGCUGUAAUGGUUGUAAUAAUCAUGGAUCAUAAUCUGAGAACUCCAAAAUACAUUGCAGUUUUUAACCUUGCAUUUGUGGACCUGUUUGGUAGCUCUGCUCUGGUGCCUAAACUUCUUGACAUUUUUCUGUUUAACCAUCCCUACAUCCCGUACAAUGACUGCAUGGCAUUCCUUUUUUUCUGCUACACCUGCCUUUCAAUGCAGGCUCUUAAUCUGGUCGCACUCGCCUAUGACAGACUUAUAGCUAUCAUCUUCCCACUGCACUAUCAAGUGAAGGUGACCCACAGGUCCAUGCUGUCUUUGAUUGCCUCUUUCUGGGUUUUGGUCAUUACUGCUAUACUUACUGCAGUUGGCCUUCUUACAAGACUUUCCUACUGUAAGUCUGUGGUCAUUAAUAGCUAUUUCUGUGACCAUGGCCAGAUGUACAAGCUUGCCUGCAAUGACUAUUUUCCUAACACUGUCAUUGGUAUGUUGUUACCACUUCUAAUUCUUUGGCUUCCACUGGUAUUUAUCUUGUUAAGUUAUUUAUAUAUUGGCUAUACAUUGUCUAAAGUAUCCACAGUUCACGAAAGAGUGAAGGCCUUUAAAACCUGCACAGCUCAUCUUUCAUUAGUGGCAAUCUAUUUCAUCCCAGUAUUAAUCACAUUUACUAUGAGUGCACGUAUACAUCCAGAUGCCAGGAUCAUAAACCUGUCUCUGACCUCUGUCUUCCCCCCCAUGUUGAACCCGAUCAUUUAUGUUUUGCAGACAAAAGAAAUCAAACAAUCUGGGAAAAAAAUAUUAAAAAUCAGAAAGCGAUCCAAAAUUACAGUGAAGAAAGUAAAUAUAAAAUGACCAUUUCUGUGUAUUUUGUGCCUUCUGUUUAGGACAUGUAAAUUACAGUAAAGUAGUGUGAAAGCAUUGAAAAAACAGCUCUUGUGAUGAACAGAUACUUGUGUAACAUCCCACAAAUGAUUCAACAUGAAAUUCAAAAUACAAAGUAAAUAAAUAACAUAAUAUAAAUACAAUAAAUAAUCUAGUUUGAAAUCAAUUUGAGAUCGAAUAACAAUUUCAAAAAUUGGUAAGAACUAGUCGGCAGUGUGACACAUUUACAACUACAAAAAGACUAGUUUUCUGCUAACUGUUUUAACUUUUGCUUGUGAUUGUGUGAUAACUUCAAAGACA